AGGCCAGCUUUGAGAGAGAGAAUCUUCCGGCUUGAUUUGUUGCAAGACCCGUUUAUAGUUGUAUGCGGCAUGUAUGUGUAUUUGCCGCUGUUUGCCCCACCAUAGCGGUACAAAGUGGAAGUUAAGAAAAUGGGCAAUUAACUGUGCCAAGAAAGCAAUGCUCUCAGCUAAAGAUGUGCGCCAAACUCGAAAGCGUGCCGUACAAGCACAUAAGCAUACACACACACACAUGCUCGUACAGUCGGAAGAAAUGCGAGUUAUAUCGCAGAAAACUGAUGUACAUGAGCGUAAAAUCUGUUUUGGUUAGAAGAUUUCAAGUUCAGCAUUCGUUUGAAUUGUUUAGUACUAGGGGAAUCGUGCGACCGAAAGCGUCUAAGCGUCUAUUUCGCGGAUAGUUGCUCGAGUGCACACUAUUUAUACGUAUAUAUAUACAUAUAUAUAUAUAUAUAGUUCAUGCAGUUCAUGCUACAGCGACCGAAUAUGUAUGUAAAUUUGGCUUACGAUCGCAACGCAUUGCCGGAGUUAAUUGAUCAGCUGGACCGGUUGGUUGAAAGUCAUUAAGAGACAAGCGGGUGUGUGUGUGUGUGGAUGAGGAAUUUGAAAAUAAAUACCAUGGUGAUCUAAAGAAAAAAAAAACAAAAGAGAAAUAUUAAAUAAGUUGAUUAAUUUACAUACAUAUGUAUAUAUAAUGCCCGAAAAAUGCAUUGAAGCAUAACAACUGAUUGAAUUCGACUAUAUACAUGAGUGAAAUGAUUUGGAAAGCUCAAUGAGUUGGUGGAAUUUUUGAAAUUUAAAACAGAUAACACUAAAUUAAAUAUGCUGAGGCAUUGCAUUUUGAAAAUGUUCGUAUUGAGUAAAAAUCUAAUCAUUCGUUUCUAUAUUGAUGUAAAAAAAUUUAAUACAAAAUAUAAUAAAAUAAAAGUAAAGCAAGUCAAGUACUGAAACACUAAUUUCAACAUAAUUUUGCAGUAUUUUUCAACAUAGUAUUUGAUGCAUUUGCUUAGGAACGGGAUAUAUGUAUAAAGGGUAUCCAUUUCGAGGUUCCCUACUUUUUUAAUGAAAAAAAAAACAGAAAAUUCAAAUUUAAUGGAGAAUGUUUAUUAUCAUUCGAACGACAAUUCUUUGGUAUUUAUUUUUUAAAGAUUAUGUCUAUCAAAUGUGGAUGCGGCAGAUGGUCCAUCCAUUGAGUCCAAUUUUCGAUGACUCGUUCAAGAAUUUCGACUGGAAACUGGAGUGUUGUUUUGCUCCGAGGUCUAAAUCGAAUUGGUAUUGUCUUUACAUAUUCCCCAUAGAUUUUACUCGACCUCGGUGGCUAAUCGGCCGGCCCAAAACGUGAAAUUAUCUGCUCACCAAAGUGUUCGAUAACGGUCGCCAGUGAUGGUUACAUUCUCACCGGCUCAUUUUUUAAGAAAUAUGGACUGAUGAUUACACCGGCCCACUAACCACAGCAAACCAUACAUAUCUAGUCGAGUUGUUACAAAAUAGGAGUUAAACUUCUAGAAAAUACAUCUCAAUUCCUUGUCAAAAUACCGAUGUCAGUAUACUUGAAAACGCUGUGGACUUUUUGGGAAUCACAGUUUAAAAUAUUAGGCAAAAUUGCACAAAUUCAAUCAAUUUUUAAUUUAAUCCUUUUGAGAUGCUCAAUGCAUUCAAACUACAAAGUUCGUAAAAUAAUGUAAGUAACAUUGACAUUUAUUUAAGCUUUAAUAAAGGAUGAUAGUAAUAGAUAAUAAUUAAAGAAUUGUGAUUAUCUAUUUAGUGGUAGCAGAUAGCCGCUCUCGCCUAAGUAGCCUUAGGUUUUGUUUCUUAUUGAGAUUGAAACAGUAUUGGAAAUAUUUGUCUCACUAGAUUUUAAAUGCAGUAGCUGAGGAUUAAAGGGAAAUCAGCCGAAGAGUGAAAAGUUGUCGAGCAUAGCUCGUAAGAACCUAUAAAAACGCAUGCUCUUUGAGCUGAGCGUGGAACAUUUGCUUAACCCUCGGUAUACUUUUGCCAGCAAUAUGUUAAUUGAAAAGCUUUACAAACCUUUGUGCAGAGUUCCUUCUAGCGUUAGGUGUUAACUAAUGCUACUGUAUAAACUAAAGGCGCAAAAUGAAAGAUAAAUACGCUACUUAUUUAUCACAAAUAUGAGCAUAUAUUUACACACUCAUAUAAUAUGUAGAUAUUCUCCAGGUUUGAGAGCUGAUGGACCGCGGGUGGCCAAAUAGCCAUUUAGAUAUUAGAUGAAUGGGUGCAAAUAAGUGGUGCAAAUAAGUGGUGCAAAUGUUUUCCAAACUGUAAAAAUGUGAAAUGCUGCAAAUGAAUAGAUUUUUUCACCGCUCUAUAAACUAAAUAAAUAAAAGUAAUAAGAAAAAUAAUAAUAAACCAAACCAACAUACAACAAUAAAAAACUAUUAAAUUAGACAGCGAAAGGUGUUGAAAAUUAAUCUCGUAAAAGUGCGACAACACACAAUCAGAAUCAACACUAAGCCAAGUUUAACUGUGAUUCGACAUAAUGCGCGUAAUGCUUGUGACGCGGGUGCAUGCGCGUUUCAACAGUCUCACAUGAAAUUGAACGCGAUGUUCCAGUGUAAUUAGUUGAAUGAAUCUCAACACAACUGUUUGUCAUGGCAUUCCUUAUGACAGUUCAAAAGCAGUGCUGAACAAAACCACAUUCCAACAAAUGCUACGCAUAACGCGCCAACGAAAUAAAGUGAAAUUUUUUGCGGAAAUCAAAAUCUUAUUCAAGCGUGCAGUUUUUUAUUUUCAAUUUUCGUUUUUGUUGCUGUGAUUUCGUAAAUGUGUUUGGGAAAAAAAAUCGUUUAUAAAUAUUUCGAAGAGUUCUGUCUUUUUUGCGUUUGUGUUUGACAUGUUUGUGUGAUUUUGGCGCGGAUUUCCAGCAGAAAAUGAAUUUUGUGGGUCGGCAUGAUCACCUUGCCGGCGGCUAUCGACGCGUAAAUACAGCAACUUAUGGGUUCCCACUGUUUCACAAUACGGAUGAAUCGAAGACAUUUGUUAAAGAUAGCGUCUCAUGGAAAUGGCAUAAGGGUUCCCGUGUUAGCACAAUUAAUGAUUGGCUACAAAUCAAAAUUGGCGGCGAUGAGGAGGUGAAAAAGAAAAAGGGGCGACAACAACUAAAUCGCAUCAAAUCCACAAAAUACACACUAAUUACAUUCCUGCCACAAAAUUUGCUCGAACAAUUUCGACGUAUAGCGAAUUUUUACUUUCUUAUUAUGACGGUCAUAUCACUAGUAAUCGACAGCCCGGUCUCCCCGUUGACAUCAUUGCUACCGCUGGUUUUUGUGAUCGCUGUGACUGCCGCUAAACAGGGCUAUGAAGAUUUCUUGCGUUACAGAACCGACAAUGUUGUGAAUCGAUCACCAGUGACGGUCAUACGUAACGGUGUGGAAACCCACAUACAGUCGCAAUAUGUUUGUCCGGGCGAUCUGGUGGUGGUGGAGCGCGAUUGUGAUGUGCCCUGUGAUUUGGUGUUGUUGCGUAGCACCGAUCCGCAUGGUAAAUGUUUCAUAACGACCGCCAAUUUGGAUGGUGAAUCCAAUUUGAAGACGUUAACGGUGCCACGUGAUUUGCCGUUGGUCGACAUUACCCAGCUGCACAAAUUGGGCGUCAUCGAAUGCGAGAGUCCUAAGACUGAUCUGUAUAGUUUCAAUGGUAAGUUAGAAUUGGCCGGUGGCGAGGGGCGCGUGCUGCCGCUUUCAGCCGACAAUGUGCUGUUGCGUGGUUCACGUGUCAAGAAUACCGAAUGUGUGAUUGGGUGUGCCGUCUAUACGGGCAUGAUUACCAAACUGCAGCUGAACAGCCGGCUAACUCGCAACAAAACGGCCUCCAGUGAGAUAUAUGUAAAUCGUUUCCUGGUCGUGAUAUUGGUUAUGUUGAUAGCGAUCGUCACUAUGAUGUACUUCUUUAAGCGUUAUGAAGAAAUCUAUGUCAUACCGAAGCUGGGGUAUUUGGGUCCUGCUGCUGACGGCUAUAGCGUGCGACAGUUUCUGCAAGAUUACUUAUCUUUUUUGAUACUCUUUAAUUACCUCAUACCAAUAUCAUUGUAUGUAACCAUUGAGUUGCAACGUGGUAUUGGUGGGUUCUUCAUGGAGUGGGAUAUGCAAUUGUAUGACGAAGCAAGCGACGAACAUUUUAUUGUAAACACAUCAAAUUUAAAUGAAGAACUUGGUCAGAUAAACAUACUGUUUUCGGAUAAAACCGGCACAUUAACGAAAAACGAAAUGAUUUUCCAACAGUGCUCCAUAAAUGGACGUAAAUAUACAUAUAAAAAGACACGGCUGCUGGAAGAUGGGAGCGGCGCAUUGAUAGAUAUAAACAAAUUUAAUAAAGACCAAAAGAACUUCUUUCAAGCCUUGGCUAUAUGCCAUACCGUUCAAGUUGCAGGGGAAUCAAAUGAGAAUGCUACCGAUGAAGUUGAAACACCCAAUAAUGAAACCAAUGGCAAAAGUGGACUCGCCAAAAUGUAUUCCAUUUCCGAUAUCACCGAGGAGAGUAACAAUUCCAGUCGACAAAGUGGUGUAGAUUUCGACCAUUCGCAAAUGUUGGAAACAAGUCUAUCCAAUAAUCCUAAUGGCACAAUAGAUGAGGGUAUUGUUUCCAAUGGCAUUGUAAACAUAUCUAAAGGCACAAGUUCAAACCGUUCGAAUGGCACAAAUAUAACGUCUGACGUAAAUCCGCUGCUUAACGAAGCAAAUAAAGUAGAGAAACGCAAACGACCGCUAAUUGUCAAACGAAGUCCAAAUUUUACGAGAGCCUCAUCUAGAAUACACCCGAUUAUAUCGUGUCCACCGCAAAUGGGAAAUGAAGGGAUGUGCUCUAUAGAGAUGGUCAGCCGCGCUGAUCCGAAUUUGUUAACAACUCCAGGUUCGCGGCCGUCUUCAUUACCUUUCACACGAUCCACAUCUGCCAUCGACUUGCCAGACGUAGCAGUUGUGCCCUCUCCGACAGGUCACAAGCGAUCGCAGUCUUAUGGCGCACCUGGUGCAUAUUUAUCACAACCAGUUCAACAACGUGGAACUGUCAUCCGCACAGCGAGCAAUCUGUCGCGUGAAUCUUAUGCAGCACCCAACUUCCAGCGUCAGCCAACGCUGCUGAUACGCGCGGAGUCACAGCGACGCAAGAAUGAGAUCGAACAAGUUGUGCUCACGCUCGACUAUCAAGCCUCCAGCCCAGACGAAAAGGCGCUCGUUGAGGCUUGCGCCAAUCUGGGGCUCGUCUAUAUGGGCGAUGAUGAUGAGGUUUUGCGAAUUCGCGUCGUGCCUCCACACAUGGACUAUUCGCGCCCCUUUAGCGUUGGUAAAGUCAACGAAAUGCAUUUCAGUCGUUUGCAUGUACUGGAAUUCACUUCUGAUCGCAAACGUAUGAGUGUGAUUGUAAAAGAUGAGAAUGGUACAAAAUGGAUCUACACAAAAGGUGCAGAAAGUUAUGUGUUCCCACUGUGUGCCAACAAUCAGUCAAAUAUUGUAUCACGAACCGAUGCGCAUAUAAGCGAUUUCGCACGCCAAGGUUUGCGUACACUGGCCGUGGCGAGGAGACGCGUUGGCGAUGACGAGUACCACAGCUUCAUUGACGAAAUAAAUGUGGCGAACAGUUCGUUGGAAAAUCGAAAGGAGUUGCUGGAGCAAACAUAUGCUAAAAUCGAGUGCAAUCUUGAGUUACUGGGUUCCACUGCCGUCGAAGACGCGUUACAAGACGAUGUUGCAGAUACACUGAUCUCACUGCAAAAGGCCGGGAUCAAAAUUUGGGUGCUCACCGGUGAUAAGGUCGAAACUGCGCUUAACAUAGCGCUCUCUUGUGGCCACAUACCGCCCGACGCUAUCAAGUAUUUUAUAAUCGAUUGUAGAUCGAAAGAGGACAUGAUGGUGCAUUUGAGUGGCUUGGACCGUGAAAUUGUAUUCGGUAUUGGCGCACAGUGUGCACUACUAAUCGAUGGCAAAAGUUUAAGCAUCGCAUUGAAUGAGACUCCAGAAAUGUUCCGCGAUGUCGCGAUCAAAUGUACGGCAGUGCUUUGCUGUCGUUUAAGUCCAUUGCAGAAAAGUGAAGUGGUGUCUUUAAUAAGAACCUCUGCAGAGGCUUACACUACUGCUGCAGUGGGUGAUGGUGCCAAUGAUGUCUCCAUGAUUCAGGAGGCACAUGUGGGCCUUGGCAUUAUGGGAAAAGAGGGUCGACAAGCGGCACGUUGUGCGGACUUUUCCUUCGCCAAGUUUUGUAUGCUGAAACGUUUAAUACUAGUACAUGGACAUUAUCAUACGACGCGUCUGUCGCUCUUAGUGCUUUAUUUCUUCUAUAAAAAUAUCAUCUUUAUGGGUAUAAUGUUCCUGUUUCAAUUCUACUCACUCUUCUCAUCGCAAUCCGUUUACGACUCUCUGUUUCUGACUCUAUACAAUGUGAUCUAUACUUCGUUGCCGAUUUUAUUUAUUUCUCUUACAGAGAAAGCAUUUAGUGAGGAGACGCUUUUAAACCAACCCGAACUUUAUAAAAGAAAUAUAAACAACAAGGGACUACACUGGGAAUACUUCAUCGGUUGGAUACUAUUUGCUUUCUACCAUACGCUGAUAACUUACUACUUCACCUAUUAUGUGUUUUCCACAAACGAUAUUCUAUUGAAUAUUGGUCAGCCAGCGGAGUUUUCUUGCUUUGGCACGUUGCUCAUGGAAAUCGUGGUGAUUGUGGUCAACUUAAAACUGAUGCUAGAGUCAAAGUACCUGAGCUAUUGGUAUAUAGUGACGAUUGUGGGUUCCAUAUUGGCGUUCAUGAUAACUACUGUUAUCUAUAACGUAAUUGAUCUGGACUACGACACCGAUAUCUAUUGGGCAUAUAAUAAAAUACUGUGUUCGCUGCCCGUUUGGCUGUUCACUAUAAUCACCGUUAUUGCCUGUUUGUUGCCAGAUUAUGUAAUCAGAGUUAUUCCGAAAGCUUUUAAUUUACCUAAACGCAGCUUUUACCCAAAUACGGGACGUUUACUGAUGCGGCGAAAUGUGGAAUCGACACAUUUAUGAGUUGCUGUGAAAUGGCGUUAUGUUGCUAUAGUUAUCAUAUAAAUAUAUAUCUGUUACUAUAGAUAUAUUUUUAAAUCCGUUAUUCAUACACUAGAAGUAUAUGAAUGCUGCUAUCGCAACUAACUAUCGACUUUAUCGGCUUUAUUAAUGCUCAGCAACGUAUGUGUUUAAAUUAAAUGUGCCAGCUGUCUGGGUUAUGGUAUCUUGUAGAUACGUAUGUACGUUCCAAGCGAUCGCAGCCUCGCUUUCUACAGUAUAUAAAUAGUGUUAUUGCAAAUUAAAUUAGCAUUGAAUUUAAGGAUGUAUGCCUUAAGGUGGCUACCAAAUAUAGUUAUAAAAGUAUUAUUUAUAUAUAUAGUUUUUAUUAAAUUAUAAAACAUGUGUACAUAUUUAAAACAAAUUUGUUAGCUUGUUAAUUUAUGCCAUGACAACUGCUUCAAACAUGUACAUAUGUAUGUAUAUUAGAACAAAUAUUUUUGAAGCAACAAAAAUGAAGGAGAGAAUUGUAAAUAUAACUACAUUUAUAUAUUUUAAAUAAAAGAAAGACAAUUUUGAAUGUGAA